UUGAGGACUGUCGGAGGCGCCGCGUUUCCUCGUUGUUGUCGCACAUAAACUUAAAAAAAAAGACAAUUUUUAUUUUGACGUUUCCGUGUCUUGUUAUUUAGCAUAAAUGCCGACUUCUUCGCGGGUAGCUCCGGGGUUGUUUGCCUUCUGCGCUCCUUGCUAGGCAAUGGACAGGCAGCAGAUCCAGGUGAGCGACGAAGAGCGCCAAGUGGCCCGGGACGAAAGCCGCAACAGGAGGAGGAGAAAGAAAGCCAUCACCUCUUCCUCCUCUGCCUCUAUGGAUCAGAUCAGCGUGGAGUUUGUGCUGCCCACGGUGGCGCGGGGCGGGAGCAGCCCAGACUUGCUGCUCUUGGAAGUGGCCGGAAACUGGACCGUGGAGCAGGUUAAAGCUCAAGUUUGGAUGAAAGCGGUGUCUUUAAACCUCUGUCCUGACUUCUACCAGCGCUUCUCUCCUGACCACUGCAUCCUCCUCUAUCAGAAGAAAGGCACCGUUUGUGAGAUCUACGACAAGCAUCAGGUCUUCCAAACACUGGACUGCAUUCGCUACUGGAGAGCUCUGAAGAAAGAUGUGGGUCGGAUCACACUGGCGCUUCGCCCGCAGCCAUCAGAUGAGUCCCAGCAGUACCAGCGUUACCUGAACUACCUGAUUGGCUACGACGUAACCGACGUCAGCAACGUCCACGACGACGAGCUGGAGUUUACUCGCAGGAAGCUGCUGACACCGCGGCGCAUCGAGCUGUUGGACCGGGACCCCAGACUUUACUCAAUGGACCCCUGGGUAACCAGGAAGCCGCUGCCUGAACACCUUCUCUCCAAGGUUAAUAACGGUUUCAUCCUGGUUGUGAUCCAUGUCAGCACUUCCAGCCAAACCAUCAAAGUCUCCAUUGAUGAUACACCUUCACAGGUAUUAGCGAGCUUCUUUGCAAAAACAGCCAACAAAAGGGUUUUGUUGGGAAUCCCUGAAGACGUGAGCGAGGAGGACUUUGUUCUGCGUGUUUGUGGCAGAGAGGAGUAUCUGUAUGGAGAGAAAGCUCUGCAAAGCUUUAACUGGAUCCGUCAAUCCCUCAAGAGCGGAGAGGAGAUCCACCUGGUGUUGGAGACUCCACCGGAUCCCGAGCUGGAUCUGGUCCAGAGGGAGGACUGGGCUCAAGUGGACGAUUGCACGGGAGUCACAGGUACCCAUGAACAGUUGACCAUUGCCGAGAAAGACCAUGAGCGAGUUUUCACCAUCUCCAUGUGGGACUGUAACAGGAAGUUCAGAGUCAAAGUGCUUGGAAUCGACAUCCCGACGCUACCUAAAGUUCCAGACUUCACCGUCUUCAUCGAGGCCAGCAUCUUCCAUGGGCAGCAACUUCUAGCACAGGAAAGAACGACUUCCAAAACGUUUAAUGAAGAAGUGCUUUGGAAUUGCUGGUUGGAGUUUAACAUCAAGAUCAAGGACCUGCCUAAAGGGGCCCGCCUCAACCUGCAGGUGAUCUGUGGGAAGCAAACGGUACCGCCCAGCUCCAAAGGCUCCUACCAUGAGAACACAGCGGGAACCGGAACCCUGGAAGCAAAGACCAAGAACCGCCUGCUGUACUACGUCAACCUCCUCCUGAUCGACCACCGCUCCCUCCUCCGCCAAGGCGAGUUCAUCCUCCACAUGUGGAAAAUGCCCGAAAAGAGCGAGGAGAGCAGCAGCAGCAUCAACGCCGACAAGCUGACCUCCGCCACCAAUCCGGACAAGGCGUCCUCCAUGGCCAUCGCCAUUUUAUUGGACAAGUAUUGCUACCCGGUGGUGCUGCCCAAGAGCAGGGACGUGGGCAGGGACUGCGGCGGCGAGGAGGGCGACGCAGGCGACAGAGGUCAGCGAGAGAUGCCGAACCACCUGAAAAAGCAGUUUGAAGCCAUCGUUUCUACGGAUCCCUUACAUCCGCUGAGUCCAGAGGACAAAGAGCUGCUGUGGCAUUUCAGGCAUGAGUGCAUGCGUGAUCCCAGAGCUUAUCCGAAACUGCUGGGGUCGGUCAAAUGGGGGAAACAGGAAGAUGUCCUUGCAACUCACCGCCUGUUGGACCGCAGCCAUGCAUGGGACACCAGUGGUCUGGACGUAGGUUUGGCAAUGCAGUUGCUAGACUGCCACUACUCUGACGCCCAGGUUCGUUCUAUGGCGGUCCGCAAGCUGGAGACGCUGGAGGACGAUGACGUCCUCAGAUAUCUUCUCCAGCUGGUCCAGGCGGUCAAGUUUGAGCCCUACCAUGACAGUGCUCUGGUCCGCUUCCUGCUGAAGAGGGCCUUAAGGAGUAAGCGUAUCGGCCACUUUCUGUUCUGGUUCCUGCGGAGCGAGAUCGCCCAGUCCAUGCACUACCAGCAGAGGUACGCUGUACUGCUGGAGGCCUACCUCAGAGGCUGUGGGGAGAACAUGCUUCAGGAUUUCAGGAAGCAGGUGGAAAUGACUGAGGCACUUCAGAAAGUCACGCGGGAGAUGAAGGCCAUGUCUGCCGACAAAUAUGACGUCACAACACAAGUUGUGUUUCAGCUGCGUCAGAAACUGGAGACGCUACAGUCGUCUGGUCUGCCGGAAGGCUUCCGAGUCCCUUACGAUCCGGGCCUGAGAGCCGGAGGUCUGCUGAUCGAGCAGUGCAAAGUGAUGGCGUCUAAGAAGAAGCCGCUGUGGCUGCAGUUCAAGAGGGCCGACACCACCACGCUGUCCAAAGACCCCAUAGGGAUCCUCUUCAAGGACGGAGACGACCUCCGACAGGACAUGCUCAUCCUGCAGAUUCUGCUCAUCAUGGAGUCCAUCUGGGAGACGGAGUCUCUGGACCUGUGCCUCCUACCGUACGGCUGCAUCUCCACCGGGAACAGGAUAGGAAUGAUUGAGAUCGUGAAGGACGCCACCACCAUCGCUAAAAUCCAGCAGAGCGUCGUCGGAAGCACCGGUGCAUUUAAAGACGAAAUCCUCCAUCAGUGGCUGCGGGACAAGUGCGUCAGCGAAGAAAAGUUCCAGCAGGCAGUGGAGAGGUUCCUGUACUCCUGUGGCGGCUACUGCGUGGCCACCUAUGUCCUUGGCAUCGGCGAUCGUCACAAUGACAACAUUAUGAUCACAGAAUCCGGGAAUCUGUUCCACAUCGACUUUGGUCACAUCCUGGGGAAUUACAAGAGUUUCAUGGGAAUCAGCAAAGAGUGGGUUCCCUUCGUGCUCACGCCGGACUUCCUGUAUGUCAUGGGAACAUCGGGGAAGAAGAGCAGCCCCCAUUUCCUCAAGUUUCAGGACGUGUGCGUGAAAGCUUACCUCGCUCUUCGGCAUCACACCAACCUCCUCAUCAUCCUGUUUUCAAUGAUGCUGAUGACCGGCAUGCCGCAGCUGACCAGCAAGGAGGACAUCGAGUACAUCCGCGAGGCGCUGACCGUGGGCCGCAGCGAGGACGAGGCGCAGCGCCACCUGCUGGACCAGAUCGAGAUCUGCAGGGAGAAAGGCUGGAUGGUUCAGAUCAACUGGUUUGUCCAUCUGGUCCUGGGGAUCAAACAGGGAGUGGAGAAACGGUCCACGUAGCCGCCGCCGCUGCUGCUGCUGCUACACCCCAUUUGUUCUGGAUUAUUAUUUUUUUCUUCCAAUAAAAGCUCUACUUUUUAGUUUUCCAUUAAAAAGCAGCAGUGACUGUUUAUCACAUUUUAAAGACCAAGUUCAAACUAAACAUUCCUUUUAUUUGUGAAUAUCAGAUUUAUCCGAUAUUAAAGCAAUGUUAAGCACAGAA